UAUCGCUCAGCUUUCCCUCGGUAUAGCACGCUUUCAUUUGAUCGUCCGAACAGAAAUUUUUCUAGUGGAGUGCAUAGAUUUUGUGGUUAAUCAAAUGAGUGAAAUGGACUCGGGAACGGUUCAGGAAGUUUCGAUUAGGACUACCGCGCAACAAAACGUUCCCGAUGCUUUGAAGACUAAUCAAGAAAAGAACGUUGAAAGCUUGGAUGAUGCCGCUCCGGAAAAUGAAGAACUUCGCGAGAAGUGGGGCAAAAAGAUUGAAUUUCUGUUGUCGUGCAUUGCGCUUUCGGUCGGGUUCGGAAAUGUUUGGCGAUUUCCGUAUACGGCCCUUCAGAACGGGGGCGGAGCCUUCGUUAUCCCGUAUCUGAUCGUUCUGUUUGUGGUGGGAAGGCCUUUGUAUUAUCUGGAGAUGGUGGUGGGUCAGUUUUCAAGCCGAGGGUGCGUCAAAGUGUACGAUAUGUGCCCGUUGAUGAGGGGCAUUGGCGUCGGACAGACCAUUACGAUGUUCACCAUCGUUGGGUAUUACGCAGCAAUCCUAUCACUGGCGGUGAGGUACUUUGUGGAUUCGUUCCGAAGUCCGCUGCCGUGGAGUGAGUGCCAAAGGGAGUGGACGAAUUGUGUAGAUUCUAGUUUCAUCGGACAGAUCCAUACGGGGGACGCAAACAGAAGCUUUGUUCCGUCGGCCGAGCUGUAUUUCACAAAGACAGUUAUGAACCUGAUCCCAAAUAUUGAAAAUGGAAUAGGAAUACCGGAUUGGAAGUUAGCGUUGUGUCUGAUCGCUUGCUGGACGGCAGUCACGUGUUUACUGAUCAAAGGAAUCAGAAGCUCCGGGAAGGCUUCAUAUUUCCUGGCAAUUUUUCCAUAUGUGAUCUUGUUCAUUCUACUUGUGCGGGCUUGUACUCUGACUGGAGCUGGAGAAGGAUUGAUCUAUUUUAUCACGCCGCAGUGGGAGAAGCUUUUAGAGCCAUCGGUCUGGUACGCCGCCGUCAGUCAGUGUUUCUUUUCGCUCACGAUAGGAUUGGGAGCAGUUAUCGUAUUUGCUUCGUUCAACAGCUUUUCCACUAAUAUAUACCGCGAUGCCAUGAUAAUAUCGGGGUUGGACACCGUAACAUCGUUAAUCUCCGGAGUGAUUGUGUUCGGAGUGGUUGGUAAUUUGGCUCAUGUCACUCGACGUGAAAUAUCCGAGGUGAUGAAAGCAGGUCCCCAACUGGUGUUCGUAAUAUAUCCGGACGCGAUCGCAAAAAUGGAUUUUGUACCGAAUUUGUUUGCCGUGCUGUUCUUCUUCAUGUUCACCAUCCUGGGUUUGGGAACCAACAUUGGAAUUGUGACAACCAUUUUAACCUCGAUCAGAGAUCGCUUUCCGCAGUUCCAGAAUUGGAAAGCUGUGUUGGCGAUAGCUAUAGCAGGAUUCAGCUAUGGAUUGGUGUUCAUUACUUCGGGCGGACUAUCAAUUUUGGACGUGAUCGAUUUUUAUGGAGUAACGUUUCCCACGUUAACGUUAAUCAUCUUGGAGGUGAUCACAUUUUGCUGGAUCUAUGGAGUCGAUCGUUUGUGUAUGGAUAUAAAAUUCAUGCUCUGCAUAGAAACGGGACUGUUCUUCAGGAUUUGUUGGGGCUUCCUCACUUUGAUAAUCAUUGUGGCAAUUUUCAUAUUGGAAGCCAGCAGAUACAAACCGAUGGAGGUACCGAUCGGUUAUAAUGUUUUUGGAUGGUUCCUCUACUUGUUCAUUGUGCUUCAAACUGUCGGUUGGGCUUGUUAUACAAUAUUGAAACAGCCGGAUUGCGGAAAAAGACGACUUCUUCAAUCCUUAAAGCCAACCAAUGGCUGGGGCCCAGAGAGUGUUACUCUGAAAAAAGACUACGCAUCACUUAUGGCGAAUAAAGAACUUGACAACGCGAGCCAUAACAUAUUGGUAAAAAUAUUCCGUAGAAUAUUCAAAUAAGCAUCUCUAUUUUAAAAGUGUGCUAAUUAUAAUUGUUUACUUAGUGCAAUCAUGAAAAGUUUUGUGCAUUUAUCUAUUUCUUUAUGAA